AGAGAGAUGUCUCUUUCGAAUGAUACCCAGCUCCACCCCACCUCCUUCGUGCUGCUGGGAAUCCCAGGAUUAGAACACAUCCACAUCUGGAUUGGCUUUCCCUUUUGUGCUGUGUAUCUGAUUGCACUCAUAGGAAACUUCACCAUCUUGUUUGUCAUCCAGACUGAGCGCAGCCUCCACCAGCCCAUGUUCUACUUUCUGGCUAUGUUGGCUACCAUUGACCUGGGUCUCUCCACAGCCACCAUCCCUAAGAUGCUGGGCAUAUUCUGGUUCAGCCUCAGGGAGAUCAUUUUUCAUGCCUGCCUCACUCAGAUGUUUUUCAUUCACAUCUUUACUGGCAUGGAGUCAGUAGUCCUUCUUGCCAUGGCUUAUGACCGCUAUGUAGCUAUCUGUAACCCUCUCCAUUAUAGCACAAUUCUUACUAACAAGACAGUAUCCAUUAUUGGUUUUGGGGUAGUUGGGAGAUCUUUCCUCACUGUUUUCCCUUUUGUAUUCCUCAUCUUGCGAUUGCCCUUCUGUGGACACCAUGUCAUCCCACACACAUACUGCGAGCACAUGGGUCUUGCUCGCCUGGCCUGUGCAAACAUCAAGGUCAACAUCAUAUAUGGUUUGGGGACCAUUGCUAUCUUGGGACUUGACAUCAUAGCCAUUGCUCUCUCUUACAUAUACAUUCUCCGUUCUGUUUUCCGUCUCCCCUCGCAUGAGGCGAGACUCAAGUCUCUCAGCACCUGUGGUUCCCAUGUCUGUGUAAUUUUGGCCUUUUACACCCCAGCUCUUUUCUCUUUCAUGACACAUCGCUUUGGCCAAAAUGUUCCCCGAUACAUUCAUAUUCUUCUGGCCAAUCUUUAUGUAGUUAUUCCACCAAUGUUCAACCCGAUCAUUUAUGGAGUUAGGACCAAGCAGAUCCGUGAAAGAGUGUUCAGAAUAUUCAUCCAUCAAUAA